AAGCCCGCUGCCCGCAGCGCAGACGGACAGGGCACAGCGCCACUCCACUCCUUCCCACCAUUCCACCACGCCUCGUUUCUGCUGCCUCUCCUCUCCUCCCGCUACAAAAGAACCGCGCCCAUUUCACGGGAGCGCCCUUGCCUGCUCCCUCCGAUUCCGGCUCCCACUCUUCGCUCGCGGAAAUCGCUCGGAGCUCGCCGGCGGGGCGCCGCGCGCUCGAUCCGGGAGAGGGGGCGGUGGAGGAGCGGCCCAAAGCCGCUGCUCUGGUAGUGAGCGAUGGCGGCCGCGUCGAGGAAGGAGGAGGAGAGGAACGAGCGGAUCGUGCGGGGGCUCCUCAAGCUGCCGCCCAACCGCAGAUGCGUCAACUGCAACGGGCUCGGGCCGCAGUACGUGUGCACCAGCUUCUGGACCUUCGUCUGCGUCUCCUGCAGCGGCAUCCACCGAGAGUUCACGCACCGUGUGAAAUCCGUCUCCAUGUCAACGUUCAGCACGCAAGAGGUCGAGGCUCUCCAGAAGGGUGGGAACCAGCGUGCCAAGGAAUCAUUCUUGAAGGACUUUGAUACCCAGAAAAUGAGGCUACCUGAUAGCAGCAACAUUGGCAGUCUUAGGGAAUUCAUAAAAGCUGUCUAUGUGGAGAGACGGUAUGCUGGUGGUAGAUUUUCUGAAAGGCCUCCAAGAGAUAAACAGAACCAAAAGGCCCAUGAGGAAGAGCAUAGAAGGCCAAGUUCUUACCAUUCAUUUUCACAGAGCCCACCUUAUGGUUGCCAGUAUGAAGAGAGGCGUAAUGGCAAGCAAUCUGCAUUUCUAAGUAGGAAGCCUGGUUCAGAUAGGGGGCAUGAGGGGAAGAUUUCUGGAUAUUCUUACAGUUCACAUAGCUUGCAUGAGAGAAUGUUUCAGGAUGGAUUUACUGGUGAGAGUUGUGGACCGAGGACUUCUAACUGCUCAGGGUCAAGCACGGGUGAUACAGCUAAAUCUGCACCACAAUCACCUAAUUUUCCUGAUAGUAUAUGUUUCAGCCCCCCCGUGCUACAAGAUCAAUCAAAUAUACAGAGUUCUUGUGGACUCACUAGUUCACAGAGAACUGUAUCAGCAGGAAACAUAGAUUCUAUCUCUCUUAAAUCAGGCAAGUCAAGCUUAUCUGAUUUGAUUUUUGAGGAUGAUAAUGUUCACAGAACUGAAACAGCCAAAAAUUCCGCUGCUCCAAGUUUCAUGGCCUUUCCUGAUGAUAUUAGUGCUCCAAAUCAAGAUAUCUUUGAUUCCAAAGCUACUCAGGAACAUCAUGUAACUACCACUGAUCAAUCUGUUGAUCUAUUUUCGAACAUGCUUACUGAAACUCCAUCUGCUGAUAAAGUGAUACCAGCAGCUCCAUCAAUGGACAAUGCUGGGUGGGCUACAUUCGAUACACCUCCAGAACAAAAGCAACCUGCACUCACUGGGCUUUCUUAUGUUGCUACCACAAGCAUUGAUAAACAGGCUCCGAAUCGUGAUUUGUUUUCAUUUGAAUCAAAUGCUGAGCUAACAUGGUUUCAGAGCUCUAAGGAUGAUACUUCAGUUACCAGUCAGAAUCAGUCUACUGCUACAUCUCUUGAUACAGGCAGUUCUCAGCCUUGGAGUACUUUCGAUGCCUCCAGUGCUAGCACCCAGUACACUGUCAAGGGAGAUCUAUCAUUAAUGACUUCUACAUUGCAAGAGCCUAAAAGACCAAUAGACAGAAAUUGUUCUCAGCUUUGGCAUUCAUUUGAUGAUGCUAAUGAGGUCGUUUGUGCUAAACCACGAAUUGAAGACCACAGCAAUGUAGUAAGCAUUUCCCUUUCAACCAGCAAUCCAUUUAUGUGCUCUGUAGUUUCAGAGGAAUCUUAUGAUGAUGAUUCCCAGAAAGUAUUCAUGGACGAAUUGUCACCUAAUACAUCGAUUGCUGCUUCCGCAGAUUCAUCUCUGGGUGGGCCCUCUAAUAAGCAGAUGCCAUUAAAUCCAUUUGAUCUUCCAUUUGACACUCAGUUGGGGACUCCUGAUCUGUUCAUGGACGUAAGUUCAUUGCAAGAGCCCUUGCCUAGUCCAGAUCUGCCAGCUUUCCUUGAUGGUUUACCUGAAAGAUGGUUCCCCAGCAGUUCUUGUGCUUAUGAUCCAUCAGCGUCACAUGGUGGACUACCGUGCCUUGUCGAGCAGGGACCGAACUUUUCUUUGCGGCCCAGCAGUCAGAAUACGCCGACGUCCGCACAGGGCUUCGUACGGAUGGUCCGUAUGCAAUUUUUUCCGAUAUAUAUCGAUGCUGAAAUGAGAGAGAAGAAUUCAAGAUCAAUACAAUCCGCUAUGCAUGUUUGGUUUGAGUAGUUGCCCCGUACACAAUGAUCCCAACUUGUGUCCAGCCUAGUAUGGAGCCAAGUCGUCCAUCACCUGAUGAUUCCUGUGCCAAUACAAAUGCAUGACGUGACUGCUUCCUUACAAAAACCAUUGGCCGUCCGUCGUCCGUCCAAGCCUUCAAAAACCAUCGCCGGUCCGUUGUCCGUCCGCUGGUUCUCUAAUACAAGAGCCUGAUUAGUUCCUAAAAUAUUUUAUAAAAUUUUUAAAAUUUUCCGUCAUAUCGUACCUUAAGACAUAUACAUG